AUGGCUACCGAGGAAAAGGGAGGCCUUGACUCCCAGGGGAUGGAGGAUUUCGAAAUUGUGCGAAGCGAUGACGCCGCUCCCCUGGGUGGUCCCUCACACCACGAAGCAGACCUCUCAUCGAGCGAGAAGCCCAUGACGGAGCAGUCUGAAGCGACAAGUCUGGGCAGUGACACUCCGAUAUCAUACCUCUAUCUAACCUUUGACACCGACUUACCAUCGCCCCCAAUACUGCAACAGCCUGGCCCCGAUGGUCGAGAACCGCCCCCAUGCCCAGACUUGGUGGCUUACACUUCUCCAUUGUUAUGGGGGGCUUAUCGGAAGAGUAUUUUGCUCGUUCUGUCCUGCUUGGCGACAUUCUUGACUGCGUACACUGCUGGCGCCUACGCGCCGCCGGCAACUAUCAUGGCCAAGGAUUUUGGAACGUCUCGGCUUGUUGUCGUGGUAGGAAUUACAACGUUCUGCAUGGGAUUUGCGUUUGCGCCAAUGGCUCUUGCACCAAUGUCUGAGAUUUGGGGGCGGUACCCGAUCUUCAUCAUUGCCGGCACUGUCUUUGUUAUCUUUCAGGCCGUCUGCUCUGUCAUGCCGGAUGUUGCCGGCAUGCUUGUAUCGCGUUUUCUUGUUGGCGUUGGCGGAUCGGUCUUCUCUGCAGUCGUCGGUGGCGUGUUGGCUGAUUUGUGGGAAAAGGAAGAAAGGAAUACACCGAUGGCACUCUUCAGCGGUGCCGUUUUGGCCGGAACCGGAGCUGGACCACUGGUAUCCGCUGCGUUGAUCGAGACAGUGGGAAAAAAUAACCGUGCUUGGAAGUGGUCAUUUUGGGUUCAGGUUAUCCUUGAUGCUGUCCUCUUGCUUGCUCUCAUCCUCUUCUUCAAAGAAAGCCGGGCUUCCGUCUUGCUGUCUAAGAAAGCGAAGAAACUUAACAAGUGGUAUGAUGAGUUGGAAGCAUAUGGCAUAUAUGGGGUAUGGUUAAGAGGCGAGCUUGCUGUAGUGGCAUCCGCUGCAUCAAGCCAAACAACCGUCACCGACCAUGUGAACGACCACAAUGCUACUGCAGUUCCCCAAUUGCGGAGAAUCCGAUGGAUAGUCAAAGAAGAUGAACAACGCGCCUCCUUGGGACAGAUCGUUUUGACAUCCGUCAGGAGGCCAUUUCAUCUUCUCUUCACAGAGCCAGUUGUCUUCUGUUUCUCUCUUUGGGCUGCCUUCUCAUGGGGCGUGUUGUAUCUCUCCUUCUCAGUCGUUCCCUUUCUCUAUGGCACAAAUUUCAGCAAGUCGAGCAGAGUCUAUGUGGCAAUGAUGAUAGCAUCAGCUGUUGCAACAGUUGUUGGUGUCUAUCAGGAACAUCUCUUGAAGCACUCCCAGUGGAAGAAACAGGAAGAAGGCUUUCAGUACUCUGAUUCCAAGUUCUGGGCCUUUAUGCGAAGAAGAUUCCCGGCUGAAGCACCAGAGGCAAGACUCUAUUUCACCUGCAUUACUGCUUUACUAUUACCUAUUGGACUCUUCAUCGCUUUCCUUGGAUCUCAUGGAACAUCGGGAUAUUUAAAAGCAGUUGGUCUGGGGCUGGCGACCUGGGGCAUCUAUUCCGUUUACCUCGCCACCUUCAACUAUCUAGCGGAUACGUACCAUAUUUACGCAAGUUCAGCUCUUGCGGCACAGAGUUUCUGCCGAAAUGUCCUUGGCGGCAGCUUUCCGUUAAUUACAAACAUCAUGUUUACCAAUCUUGGUUUGAGAGGUGCUGGUGCUAUGCUUGGAGGGAUUGCUACAGGAUUAACAGUUAUUCCUUGGGUUCUUCUCUUUUAUGGAGAGAGAAUACGCGCCAAGAGCAAAUUUGCCAACGGUAAUGUUGGAGCAUAG